UGCAAAACAACAGACAAAAGGAGGCAACACAUGACUCUGAAAAGCAACCAGAACCAUACAAGUCAUUACACGGGGCUGUGCUACCUUAUAUGGCAAUGCACAGGCACCCUGUGGUACUCUAUAUCUACCAAGAUCAAAAGGGGCAGCAUAAAAAAACAUUCUUUCCAUUCAGGUAGAAUUCUUUGUCUUUGUCCUACUCACAGUUUUGGUGGUUUCAUUUAUGAAGUUAUUGCGGCGGCGCUGGUGCAAUCCAAGGAUUAAUUACGUCCGUGACAUACUAUAUAGCCUACAGGCGAAGAUUUGAUUCCGUUUAAGUGUACCCUCGGUGCGCAUAACGUGCCUGCACCAGAUGUUAGUAACCUCAUUCCCAGACAAUAUUGCUGGCAGUGAGCAAGAACAGAGACAUGAUGCUGCCUAAUGUUCAUGAUACCUACUGUAAAUGCACAAUCUAUCCAUUGUUUUUUUGCAGGUGAAUCCGCCUGACAUGUUGGAUAUAUUACGUGUACUUACUGUAUAGUGCAGGAGUACAUGCUGAGAGCAUAAAACAAAACACAGAGUUUAUGUUUGAUUCAUUACACUGCCGUCAGUGUGAUAAACCAACCUCUGUGUUUGAUAAAUCGGAUACAAAAUGCACCUAAAAGAUGGAGUGAGGGGAUGAAGGAUGCUGACAGAAACACACUGAUUCACUCAUGUUUUAUUCAGUCUUUUAUACAAUAUAUUUAUUGCAGAGUCAUUUUACAUGGACAGGCACAUCAAUUAAUCAUAACUAUAUUCAGAUUGACUCAUCUUUGUUCAGGUGUGGAUAGAAUUAGUGAUGCAAGUUGGACUUCUUUGUGACGGAGUGAGUGAAGCAUGAUGUGAUCUGCUGUCAAUACAUGUCUCUCAAUCAGCGUGUUUUUCUCAGCUGUCAAGAGGAAAAAAUGCACCACAUCCGGUGCAACAGACAGGAAACACAGGAGACGAGUCGUACGAAACACUGUUGUCUACAGUCGCGUCUGUGCAAGUCUGUGGCUCCUUUUGUGCUUAGAGAACGAGAGAUGAGAAGAGAGGAGGAGAGCUGAGGAACAGAUAGAAAGAGACAGCAGAGGACCACAAAGUGAGGCCCGUUCACCUAUGGAUCAGCAUUCAUAUCGGAAACCUAAGGGAUUCCAUGAGCACAUCGACCCAACUGACAUCCCCGCAGAGCGCAGCACAUCGACACUGAUGCUGAUGCUCUGCACGCAGCUGUAGAACAGCAAGGCCAAGGGGGUCAGAGGUGGAAGGUCACAGACUACAGAGCCGGAGCAGGAACUAAGGUUGAAAGGUGCCAGGAGGCGUGACUGAGAGGCUACAAGAAGAAUCAGAGAUCACGAAGGAAGGUCUCAGUGACAGAGUCAAGGGUCAAAGAUGAUGACAUCACAUGGAAAGCUAAGGAAGGAGAAGGGGAGUCUGGCCGAGUACGAAUCGCAGAUGAAAGACCUGCGGGCCCAGCUGACAGACCAGAUAAAGAUUUUAGACUCUCAGGUGGAGGUGAAACAACAGCAGCUCUCAGACCUCUCUGAGUUUCUCCGGCGCCGAGGAGACAUUGAGGCUGAAUAUGCGCGCGCCCUCGACAAACUCACUGAGCGGUUCACCCACAAGACUAAGAAGAAGGAGCAGUGGGGUCAGUCUGUGUGUCAGGUCUGGUCUGUUUUGCUGACUCAGACUCGUCUGGAGAGCCGGGAACAUGCAGCACUGGGUGACACCUGCUGCAACACACUCACACAGCGGUUGGCGCACAGCACGGAGGAUACACACCGUCUGCACAAACGAAGCAAAGAAGUUGGCAUCCAGAUGCAAGAUGAGUUGCUUAAGGUCACCACUGAACUGCAGACGGCUCUGAAGACGUACAACCAGUACCACACAGACUGCCUGAUAGCUGAAGGGAAGCUGAAGGAAGCUGAGCGGUUGGAGGAGAGACACACCGGCAAGUCAGCUGAGCUCGGGCCCGGCCAAUCAGGGGGGCAGAGGCGGAGCUCGGUCAAGAAGAUGGAGAGAUUAAUGGAGAAAAGGCAUGGCAGAGUGCAGGAGACCCAGCUGAAGUGUACCAAAGCUCGUAAUGACUACCUGCUGAAUCUAGCAGCAGCCAACGCCGCCAUGAACAAGUACUACCUGCAGGAUAUCAGCACUCUCAUCGACUGCUGUGACUUGGGUUUCCAUCUGUCCGUGGAGAGGGCGAUGAAGUGCUACCUGGCCAGUAGGUGGCGCAUCCAGAAAACAGAGGAGACAGGUCUCAAGCAGCUGGAGGCUGCCGUGACUUCCCUGGACCAGGGCGGAGACAGGGAUGCGUUGCUACAGCAACACGACGCCGCCUUCUGCCUUCCAUUCAGAUUUAACUACCAUCCGCACGAGGGAGACCAGGUGUGUGAGGUGAGCGCGGAGAGCCAGGUGAGGUACGAGCUGGAGACCAGGUUCCAGCAACUUCAGUCUCGACUUGCUGCCGUUACCUUGGAAACAGAGGAGGUCAGUAAAACACUUAAAGCCACGCUCACAGCCCUGCUGGACAAUAUGUGUGAAAGCGACUGUAACCCCUCCCCCGACGUGCCAAGCAGCCUAUCACACGAGCCCCCUGGAGGAAACACCGCCCAAAAACUUACCCUUGCAAAGCGUCGAGCCAAUCAGCAGGAGACAGAGACCUACUAUUUUACAAAAGUGAAGGAGUUCCUCAUCAGCAGUUCUCUGACCUUCAAACUUCAAGCCAAACAUGACAUUCUACAUGAUGCCAUACAGAAAGCUGAGGCUGUCGACAGUGACCCUUCCAGAAUGCAAUGUGCUCGGUCAGUGCGUGUACGGAAGUCCAGACCUGUUUCCCAAUUCUGCCACACACUCUUCACCACAGACAUAAUCUCCUACAUACAGAGCUCUGGGCAGCAGAUUCCUGUGGUGGUUGAAAGCUGCAUCCGUUUCAUAAACCUUCACGGCCUCCACCACGAAGGAAUAUUCAGAGUUCCUGGGUCACAGCGGGAGGUUAACCUCAUCAGAGAUGCAUUUGAGAGAGGAGAGGAUCCUCUGUCAGACAGUGAGUGUGACCUGGACUCUGUGGCCGGUGUGUUGAAGCUUUACUUCAGGGGCCUUGAGCCUCCUCUCUUCCCUUACGACAGCUACUCUCAGCUGCUGGAGUGUGUCCAAAUUGAGGGGGUGACAGAGAAAGCUGCCCAGAUUAAAGCGAUUGUCUCCACCUUCCCACGGCCUCUCCUCAUCGUGAUGCGCUACCUGUUCGCCUUCCUCAAUCAUGUGUCUCAGUACAGUGAUGAAAACAUGAUGCAGCCCUACAACCUGGCCGUUUGCUUCGGUCCCAGCCUGCUGAGGGGUUUGGACUCUGAUGACGCUGUUGCUCGGCAGCCACAGGUCAACGAUCUUGUCAAAACCAUGAUCCUCCAACAUGACAUCAUCUACCCCAGCCAGUCAGAACUGCCGGGCCCCGUCUAUGAGAAGCACAUGACUCUCGAGCAGGAGUACUGUGAACCAAUCACAGAGGAAGGAGAUGGAGAGACUGAGCAUCUGCCCAGUGAGGAUGAGUGGGAGGCAGUGGCUAUGUUUGACUACACGGCGAGAUCUCCUGCAGAGCUGUCCUUCAAGCAGGGAGAGCUUCUCAUCCUUCACAGCAAGGCCUCCUGUGACUGGUGGAGAGGCGAAGUGGGAGGGGUCAAGGGUCUCAUUCCUCACAAGUACAUCAGCGUGCUGGACGGGUCAGAGCGAGGGAAAAGAGAGGACGGAGGAGGAGGAGGAGGAGGCAGCACUGGAAACCUGACAGCAGAAGAUCCACAGACGGAGAACACAACUCGGAUGCGGGUGAACAGCGACAGUGCUUCGUUGCCUGGGAGACAGAGAGGAAGUGAGGGGAGCCCCAAUCGAAAGCCGCCAACCUCUCCUGCCACACGACACCUGCCAGUGUCUCAGGAGCGAAGACACACUUUGGACACUGUGAGACAGGGCGGCUUCAGACCCCCAGACAGACCUCCAUUUGGUCAGGCAGACAGACCAGUAGUGGACAAGGAGAUGAUCAGUCGUCAGAUGAACUCAGUGUUCAAAGAGCUCCUGUCUCGCCAGCCUGCCGUGCCGCCGUCCACCCUCAACGCCCCUGCUCCCUCCUCCGCCUCCUCCUCCUCCUCCUCCACUCUUCCUCAAGCUGCCCCCGCUGCCAAAAAAGUAGGAUUUGGCCUCAGAGGAAGGGCCCUUUUCAGACCGGUGGACUGAGAGAGAGGAGAGCCGAUGAGUGGAAUUAUUGAUUUAUUGUUUGACCAUGAUGAUUAUGCUGAUGCAUUUGGUGGAGAUCUUGAUUCAUUUUUUCGACACAUGUAUAAUAUUUGCGUCUCUGCCAUCUCAUAGUGCCACUAGUCUCGGUGCCGUGUUACUGUACGUCCAGUGUGUCUGUUUUCCGGCUGGUUUUGGUCUCUUUAUGUUCUGGUCUAUUUUUGUUCUCCAAGCUUUUGUAAUUUUUUUGGAGAAUCAGGGAUGUGACAUCACGAGACUGACUUUUUAAAAGUAGUUGCCAUAAUACUUACAACAACAAAAUACUUACACUGCCCCCUAGUGGCAGGUCUGAGAUCCGCCCACCCUUAUAAUGUCUGCUUCAUUUUAAAACAAAUACUGAUCCGGGGCCUGAGUGCCUUCACAUUUUUUACUUGUCACAUUUAUUUCACCUGAAUAAAUCUGAUAGGUUUGAACUCUGCAUAUUAUGUUAUAUAAAAGUCAUUUUGAUGAAGGAAGGUGUUUAUGGAACCCUGAAGUGUUCACCAUUAAAUAAGACGUUAUGAAAUAAAUAAACAUAUGAAGAAACUGUGUAAACUACAUAAAUGAACUAACAUUUUUAUGAAAUAAUGGAGGAAGUUGUUAAAACUCAACUCAUUAUUUUGAAAUGUUAUGCUUAUAAGGUCAUUAAGUCACUAAGUAACUUAGAUUUUGUAAUCGUUUGUUUCUUUGCCUCUGGUGAGAGCUUCUAUAUAUGAGCAUUUGUCUUUUGCAUGUCUUUAUACAUUUCUGAUGAUGAAUGCUUGACAGAAGACAGAUGAUUAGACUGGCAGCUACCAUACCUACAGACAGCGGUGCUGCCCCAGAAUACUCCACAAUUACCUAUACUACUUACAAUGAAAUAACAUUUCAUAAUAGUGAACAGGGUUUUAAUAAUUUCUCAAUCUUUGUUUUGCAAAUCAUUGUUAAUGUUACACAAUUUAUCCAUGUGAAUAUUUAUUUUAUAAUUAUUUAUUUAUUUAUUCAUUGAAAAUUGAACAUUUCCGAACCCCAUAAAUGUUAGCUGGGAAGACUGUAAGCAGUGGGGUCAGUACUUUAUAGCAGCAUGCAGCAUUAGCACACACACACGCACACACACAAAAAUGGAAACACAUUCCCCUUCAUAUGUGACACAUGGCCUGAUACACAGGCUAAAACUCAGGGCUUUUGCAGAGUUAGAGCCGGGCUAACUCAGGUUUGGCUUCAAAGGAAUAAGUAAGAGUUUCUCACUCAGGGCUGUGGUUGACUUACUCUUCAACUGGAAACUGUGCCCUAGCCUCAAGAGCCAAAAUGUUCCCCACAUCAGAGAGGAUUCAGUGACUUCCUCUGGUUUAAACUGUGAAUGCAACGGCGACGUUUUGGAGCCACGAUGGAAACUCUUGUCUCAUUCAUCCACACAUUUUGGCCCCCCUCUGACUAUAUCUAGCACCAUCCACAGGUCCCAUUGUUUCAGGAUUUAUUUUGCAGUGAGGUGUACAAUUAUUUUGACUCCAAAAGCAUUAGAAAUGUUCUUACAUAUGGCAUCUCCCCUCUGUCGUGUUUCAGUAUUGGAAACAUAGAAGCGGAAUCCUUUUUCAAUUGAUUCUGCUUCUAUGAUGAAAACACCCUGUUAUUCUGGAUCACUGUUUGAUAAUGUCACUAAAUUUACUGUGUCCAGUUGUAUAUGUGGUAAAAAAAAAAAAAAAAGAAGAAGAAUUCAAUAAAGAUGAUUAAGUGAUGAAUGAUAAAGGGGGUGUCAGUGUAUUGCAUGGAUGACUGUAUUCCAGGGGCAGAUCCACAGAGGGCCAUGUGGGGGCAGCUGCCACAGCUACUACGGGGCUUUCCCCUAAAGCUUUCUAGCUCCUAAAAGUUUAAUUGGAACCUAAUGCAAUAUUCAGUCAUCAUCUAUGUGUCCCUAAGCUGUCAGGAGCACCAGAAUAGGCAUUAAGCAGUAGGCACAGCACUGUGCUGGACUUGCAUUGUCAAAUUCCCUCAGUGAGUCAGCCCGAAGUGUUGCUGCAUCUGAGGUGAAGUCAGUUUCUCUGUGUAAAGUUCAACUAAAACCAAGAAAGAGCAUAAUGCAACAGCAUCAGUUUCCUGUUGUAAAGGGCAUUCUGAAAAAAAUGCUGUGCAGAGAGGCCAAGGCUGUGCAAGAGGAUAUGGCCGGCGGGUAAGGAUUUGGCACUGGACCUUAUCCACAAUGCAUGCUGGUACAUGUAGGCACUGCUGGCACAGCUCCACGAGCAGUAGAACUCCACUUUCUCGAUCAAUAUAGCAUGCACUGAGAAAUGUAUUGCUUCAAUUGACUACAUUUACCACCAACACCAAUUGGAAAUCUAUAUAAAAUGAGUUGAAUAUUCCCAUUAACUCUUUUGUGUUCAUUACUAGACAUGAUUUGGAACAAUCUGUAUCAUUUACUGAUUUCUGAUAUCAGUUAAUACCAUCGAACUGCAGGUGUACAGUCGCAAUAGGUAACAAUAGUUAUUGCGUCCUCAUGUUUGAACUGUUGAUUUUUAGGGCAGUGAUUCCCAACAUGCAAGUCACAGCCCUUAAGGGUAAAUUGGAGGGGUGUCAAGAUGAGUAAGUGUGAAA